GGCUGUUCCCGCAGUUUUGCGCCGUACUCGGCCGGCGUGAUCCGGCCUCACGCCUUCCCUGGAUUAACUGCGUGGAUGUACGCGCGAAGCCAAUUGUCGACGGCGAGUGUCGCCGUCGCCUCUUGAAUGGGCCCACACCCGGAGCUGGAGCGGCUAGUGGGGCCGUGCCUCAUCGCACGCGGCGGUUCGCGCCGCGGCCGCGGACCACGUGCGGGCUCUGCCUGGACCGGCGUGCCGCUCAUAGCGUUGGCGCCGUCCACGCUCGACGACCAAAUUGUGUCGCUGUCGCAGCUCGCGCUCCACGCGCAGGGCUCGCCGCUCGUGUUCGCGUCGUCGACGUCGUCGAGAAGAAGUACGACGACUCCCUCGGAGGAUAUACACGACCGUUCGCCGCCGUCGACUCCGGACUCUGGAGGUAGUGUGGCCUCGUGCGAGGACACGCCUGGUGCGGCGCCGCUGCCCCGUGUGAUAAAACCGCGCAAAAGACGCAAGCGGGAACGCAGGUUGUCGGAACACAGGGGAUAUCCCAAUCAGCCGUCCCGUCUGUGUGCAUGCGUCAGGUGUAAGGAACCAACGUUGCCCGUGUGUCUGACGCCGCCGCGGUCGCCGCUCGGGCCUGGUUUCGACUUCGACGACUUCGUCUCGCAGCCAUUCACUUCAUCUCAUCCCCCGCAAAGACCAUGGAUCGCAGUUGCCCAUCCUACUCGAACACAAACAUCAACUGUAUUUACUGUGAUGUGCUACAAUGUGUUGUGUGACAAGUAUGCUACAAGACAGGUGUAUGGUUACUGUCCAUCUUGGGCUCUCGGAUGGGAGUACAGAAGAAAAGGAAUAAUGGACGAAAUCAGGCACUACGCAGCUGACAUCAUUUCAUUGCAGGCAGUGGAAACUGAACAGUUUCACGGCUUUUUUCUACCGGAACUAAAGAGGGACGGCUACGAUGGGAUCUUCUCGCCAAAGUCAAGAGCCAAGACCAUGUCUGAAAGCGAUAGGAAGCAUGUUGACGGCUGCGCUAUCUUCUAUAGAACAAACAAAUUCACCCUACUGAAAGAACAUCUGGUAGAGUUCAAUCAACUGGCCAUGGCAAAUGCUGAAGGUUCCGACGAUAUGCUAAAUCGGGUAAUGACCAAGGACAACAUUGGUUUGGCUGCUCUCCUGCAAAUCAAAGAUUCUGCUUUUGACAACGUGAACAUGGAUGGUAAAAGCUGCCUGCCACAACAACAGCCCCUUUUGGUGUGUACUGCCCAUAUCCAUUGGGACCCCGAAUACUGUGAUGUGAAGCUCAUUCAGACGAUGAUGCUUAUGCGAGAGUUGAGAAGUAUUCUUGAGGAAGCUGGUCAAAGCUUGCGCAACCUACAUCGACGGACCCCGUCCGAUGCAAAUAGUAUUCCCCUUCUGCUUUGCGGCGAUCUCAAUUCCUUGCCUGAAUCUGGUGUGAUAGAGUUCUUGAAGACAGGUCAUGUGUCAGCCGACCACCCUGACUUUAAGGAGCUGGGCUACAAAGACUGCCUGAGGAAGAUGUGCUUGGAAUCGGAUGCACUCAUUGGAAACACUUACACCCAUCCCUUCAGGAUCAGAGAGGCUUACACAGACGGUGUCAUGCCCUACACCAACUAUACGUUUGACUUCAAGGGAGUCAUCGACUACAUCUUCUUCUCGCGUCAACACAUGUCUGUGCUCGGGGUACUCGGACCCCUGGACCCACAGUGGUUGCAGGACAACAAAGUGGUUGGGUGUCCACACCCUCACGUUCCCUCCGAUCACUUCCCUCUUCUGGCUCAGCUGGAGAUGACCCUCCCAAACGGCCUGGUCCAGAGGAGGUAGCACACAGUUGGCAUCACUCAUUGCAUGGCGUGGCACAUCGCAUUCUGUCCCUGUGAUGCGCCACGACGUGCCUCUCACCGCUCAUCCAGGAACACUUCUUAACCCACUGCCGCCUUCCAGCACUGCUUCGCCCUGUGCCGUGUAUAUAGAUUCACUAGCUUUAAUUCACCCACCCACCUCAUCAAAUACAAAAGAGAGCCCACAACACAAGGCGCACAAAAAAGUACGAGUGCACUGAAGCUUGUUGACGCAGUUACGUCAUACGUCACUUGGGAGUGUCCAAGAAAACAAGACAUUGAAGGACACCCCAAAAAUAAAAGUAUCAUUCCUGUACUGCGUGUGACAUUGUCGAUGACUUGUAUUGCAGGUGGGCACCCGGAAUGCCCCUUUUAACGCACCUUCCACCUGCAGGUUAAGGGGCUGCGGUAAUGUGUUACCGUCGGGUGUAUUGCCACCCGCAUUGUUUGCCACCUUUGAUGUGCCGCCAGUGAUGAAGAGCAUGAGAUAGUUGUGAACCGUAGAAUGUAAAAAACAGUGUACUAGCUAAGCGUGCAGAUUGAUUUCCGUUGUUCCUCACGUGUCGCUCUCAAGCGAAUGCCGUCCAUGAAAGUGUUUUUUUCUUGUAGAAAACUAAACUUUUUACACAAAAAGGCAGCAAAAAAAAAGGAAUGCAAAAAAUGCGGUGCAGAUGAUGAUGGUACAUGAUUUGUCAGCAGCUGGUGUGUGUCAAGGCAUGUGUGUUUGUUCUUUUACGAGAACAAGCGUGUGAGGAGAUUAAAUCCAUUGUCUCGUAUGACAUUCGUUGAAACGCACAACUGUGUCACCAGGUGGCACACCUUAAUGUAGGCUGCUUUGCAAUCUGCACUUGCCUUCAGACGCACGGCCUUCAAAAUCUUGUGUUGAGAUGAUGAUCUGCUCCGUAGUGAACUAUAAACUGGAUAAUAUUAUGCAAAAUAAAAAGUAAAUUGAAGGAAUGGAAUUUUUGAAAGGCAGGUGUCAUGGGGCUGCUUUGUAUGGCAUUGACAUUGUCACUACUUAUCGGAAGAUCAGUGUUUUGGUUGGCAGUCGGUGUGGCUUGUAAUGCCUGAGAGUUGGUGCGUGAGUGUAGGUGUUAGUGUAUCUCUGUCUCCCUUUUUGCGAACAACAAACAGAAGCGAACAAUUUAUAAUUUCUUUGAAUCUUCUUUUUUUUUUUUAAUUAAACUGAUUUCAGAGAGGGAACACUUCAUCUUUUCAUGCUAGUAGCCUCAGAUUUCUUUCCUGUUUCAACGAGCACCUGUUUCUUCCUGGAUAGAUGAGUAAAGGAUUUGUCAUGGGGGCUACGACGAGAUUUGCAUGGCUGUGGGAAGUUGUACGUUUUCUAUUUGGAGUGGUUGACACGAUUUCCUAUUUUGUAUAUUUGAGGUCAACAAGAAAUUUUUUUCUGACACUUUUCUUCCAGGUGUGUAGAUAUAUCCUGCUUUUAUGAACAUUCAGAAUUGGAGAGCCCUUUUGUACAAUAUUUUAGUGUACAUAGUUCCUUCAACCUAGAGCAUUUUUAGCAGCAGAGCAUGGACAUGCAUGGCGUUAACUUUCAAAGUCUGUUUUGUAACAUAGCCUGGCAUCAUUCACUGUACAAACGGAGUCGAUUUUCUUCGGCAGCUGUGCAUCCAGAGUGCACUGGUGCUAACUUGUUGCAAAUCAGUUAAAUUGUGUACUGAAAAUUGACUUGUUUGCUGUUCAUUCUAAACGGAUUCCUUCUUUCUUGAACGUGGAUGUGUUGUGGAGCCCCUUUCCUGUGGUUGUCCUGAGUAGUUUUCUAGCAGUAAAAUAAACUUGUGAAUGCUA